AUGAGGAGGAGGCCCAACCUGCUUACUCAGCCCCACGCUUCUCCCAAGGCUGUGGCUGCUUCCUCCCAGCAGACGGGACUCUUUGAUGACCUGGCAGAUGACGAGGAAAGCAAAGAGAAGGCAGUUCAAGAAAAGGUGGGCAUCUAUUUUGUGACAGGUACGGUGUCUUGCCAGGAUGACCCGUGGCGAAUUUGGCUGCCAAAGGAAGUUGCCAACUCGAGCUCCUGGGACAUAGACAUUCUCGAUGGCAGCGGGGAUGAUAUGGAAGACUGUCGUUAUCAAAUUGACUACGGAAAGCAAGUGUUGAUGGUUGGGCACCAGAACUGUACUGAAAUGGAGGAUAACAAGCAGCGCUUGAGAUUUAGACUGCAGUUCAACAAUACAGAGGGGGUUCGGCCCCAGGAUGAAACUUACAGUGUUGACUGUGACACCAUCCAGGCGGAUGAAGCGUUUUCCGACGAUGGCUUCACCAGCGCUACAAACUGCACCAAAAACUCCAUGGCAGUGACAUUCCCAAGGAUGAUUCCCAGUUUUCGGGAUGAACUUACGGUACUGACGUCUGGAAUGGAGUGGGUCGUAUCCAUCGAGCACAAUGGCCGGACCCACCAUAUGAAUCUCAGACAGGCGAUUCAACAGGGCUACACGUUCCUUUCCAAUGUCAAUGACAUCAUCAUCCAAGUCCCGUUUAAUGCUAGAGGAGUCGCAGUUUACAAGCAAGAUGGCUACGUGUUGUACACAGUAGCUAUCAAGCUAACUUAUGGGCCUCCAGAGCAGCGCCUGACCCUGGAAUCAAGAAUGAUCUGCGCCCCAGGCCCAGCGGUCUGCAAUUCAACCCACAUGACGAUGAUUCUCCCAGCUUUCCCAGGAAAAUUGACAGCUAUCAGUCUGAAUGAGAAGAACCUUCCCGUACACCAAAUUCAAGCCAAUGGCAUUGGUGUGGACACCAGAAGUGGAGUGAAGUUGUAUAUUCCCAAAAGACUUCUAAACACUCGGGCCUACAGAGAUCAGGAUUGCUCAGGUUUUCAGUUGUAUGUCGCAUCCUUGACGUUGAAUUUUGACUACCAUGGGGAAAUAGCCACCAUGGUUAGCUACCCGGAGUGUCCUUGUGAACAAAAUUCACCAAUAGUGAAAAAAAACGAGAGUGAAAUCUAUAAUUUUGGAUCUGCUUUGGAUGUUGUCAGUGAGAAGAUGGUUUAUGAAAACGAAGUGAGCUCCUUUUGGCCAGAUCAGCCUCCACGCUGGAUCUCCAGAGACAGCAAUUUCAGGUUGACCGUGGUUUGUUCGUACGAGAGUGCCGAUACUUCCUUGAAUGUCAGGAUAAACACUCUUCCUCCUCCUGGUCUUGUAAUCAACCAGGGUCCACUUUCUCUUCUUCUUCUCAUUUAUCCAG